AUGAUACUGUGAGUGGGGAGUAGAAGAGUGCUGAUAGCGGCAGCGAGGGCAGCGAAGGGGUUACCGAAGUGCUGGGAUUCUUGCGGCUGUGCAGGGAUUUAACUACCACCAUGUCGAGCAAAAGGGCGAAGACCAAGACCACCAAGAAGCGCCCGCAGCGCGCAACAUCCAAUGUGUUUGCCAUGUUUGACCAGUCACAGAUUCAGGAAUUCAAAGAGGCCUUCAACAUGAUUGAUCAGAACAGAGAUGGUUUCAUUGACAAGGAAGAUUUGCAUGAUAUGCUUGCUUCCCUGGGGAAAAAUCCAACUGAUGAGUAUCUGGAUGCCAUGAUGAAUGAGGCUCCAGGGCCCAUAAAUUUCACCAUGUUUCUCACGAUGUUCGGUGAGAAGUUAAAUGGCACAGAUCCAGAAGAUGUCAUCAGAAAUGCUUUUGCUUGCUUUGAUGAAGAAGCAACUGGCACCAUCCAGGAAGACUACCUGAGAGAGCUGCUGACAACAAUGGGAGACCGGUUUACGGAUGAAGAGGUGGACGAGCUGUACAGAGAAGCGCCUAUCGACAAAAAGGGGAAUUUCAAUUACAUCGAGUUCACGCGCAUCCUUAAACAUGGAGCAAAAGACAAAGAUGAUUGAAAGAACUUCAAAUUCCAGCCAAACGUUCCUUGUUGCCACUUUGGGUAUUUCUGAGACGUUCUCUUAGAGUCUGUUGCAUGCCCUUAGCUUUGCAGCUUUUGUCUUUCUUGUAUUUAUUCUCAGCCAUUUUGGGCACAUGCAUCUCUAUAUUCAGACUGGAAAUGGGACUUUUUAUGAUUUUCAGAUAGAAAAUAGGGCAAUUUAACUUACCAGCCCCUCCCCCUCAAUAACUGCAGUCUACACAGAUUCAGUAUAUUUUUUCAGAGAAAGUUAUUCACUCAAUUUUUUCUGAACCAUUAUUAAACUUUAUGAUAAAAAAAAAA